CCCAGCACAGACAGCCCUGCUGACUGGCUGUGAUUAUCUGCUUUCAGUCCCGACUCCUGAACAGGCUGGUCGGCUAGCACACUCCGCCGUACAGCGCUGCGGGACACGUAGAGAGGAGGGGACUCGCAGUCUCCAUCCACUGCUCAGGCAUUUUGGCUGGGUCCUCUUGACAUUUAGUCAAAACGUGCAAACUGGGACUGAGGAUCCCUACCCAUGAUCACGGUGUUUUUGGCGGGCCGGGACAAGGACGACAGAGUGACAGACAGACGGACAGCAUGGCCUCCAUCGCCGAUUACUACGCGGGGAAGAGCGUCCUGAUCACCGGGGCGACGGGCUUCAUGGGGAAGGUUCUGGUGGAGAAGCUCCUGAGGUGCUGCCCGGGGGUGCAGGCCCUGUACAUCCUGGUCAGGCCCAAAGCCGGACAGACCAUGCAGGAGCGCGUCACCAGCAUGAUGAAGUGCAAGCUGUUCGACCGCGUGCGGGAGGAUGACCCAGAGUUCCACAGGAAGAUCGUGGCGAUCAGCAGCGAGCUGAUCCAGCCGGGCCUGGCCAUCAGCCCCGAGGACGCGGAGAAGCUCUGCUCCUGCGUCAACGUCGUCUUCCACUGCGCCGCCACCAUCCGGUUCGACGAGCCGCUCAAACUCGCCCUGCAGCUGAACGUGAUCGCCACGCAGCAGCUGCUGAGCCUGGCGCAGAAGAUGCAGCACCUGGAGGCCUUCAUCCACAUCUCCACCGCCUACGCCAACUGCAACCGCCACCACAUCGACGAGGUCAUCUACCCCCCGCCCGUCCAACCAAAGAAGCUCAUCGACUCGCUGGAGUGGAUGGAUGACGGCAUGGUGCGUGACAUCACGCCUCGGCUGAUCGGGGACCGGCCCAACACCUACACCUACACCAAGGCGCUGGCCGAGUGCGUGGUGCAGCAGGAGAGCAGCCGGCUCAACAUCGGCAUCAUCCGGCCCUCCAUCGUGGGGGCCAGCUGGCAGGAGCCCUUCCCCGGCUGGAUCGACAACUUCAACGGGCCUAGCGGGGUCUUCAUUGCUGCAGGGAAGGGGAUCCUCCGCACCAUGAGGGCCAAUAAUGACGCUGUGGCCGACCUGAUCCCCGUCGACACGGUCGUCAACCUCACCCUGGCCGCGGGCUGGUACACUGCCGUGCACAGACCAAAGUCGGCGCUGGUGUACAACUGCACGACGGGCGGAAUCAACCCCUUCCACUGGGGCGAGAUCGAGCACCACGUGAUGUCCACCUUCAAGAGGAACCCUCUGGAGCAGGCCUUUCGCCGGCCCAAUGCCAACAUCACCUCCAACUACCUGAUAUACCAGUACUGGAUCCUGGUCAGCCACAAGUUUCCCGCGCUGAUCUACGACCUCUUCCUGCGUCUGUCGGGACAGAAGCCCCAGAUGAUGAGGAUAUUUAACAGGCUGCACAAGGCUAUCGCGUUGCUGGAGUACUUCAGCAGUCAGGACUGGGAGUGGAACUCCGAUAACAUGAGUAUGCUGCUCAGCCAGCUGAGCCCUGAGGACCGGAAGACGUUUAACUUCGACGUGCGGCAGCUGAACUGGCCGGAGUACAUCGAGAACUACUGCAUCGGCACCAAGAAGUACGUCCUGAACGAGGACAUGGCCGACAUCCCGGCUGCUCGACAGCACCUGCGGAAGCUGAGGAACAUCCGCUACACCUUCAACACGCUGCUGCUGGUGUUCGUAUGGCGGGUGUUCAUCGCACGCUCUCAGAUGGCUCGCAACAUCUGGUACUUCGUGGUGAGCCUCUGCUUCAAGUUCCUGUCCUACUUCAGAGCGUCCAGCACCCUGACUGCCUGAGGGGGGGGGGGGGCCUCUGGUCCCGGUCCUGCCCAGAGUUCAGCAUCGGUCUGCCCAACCCGCCGGUCUCUCGCCCACUGCCAGCAUCUCUGCCCGACUUCAUCUUUACUCACGACCUGGCCCCGCCCCCAAAUCCAGCUUUAAUCGUGACCUGGCCCCGCCCCCACUCCAGCUUUACUCAUGACCUAC